AUGUCUUUGGAUUAUCAGUCAUCAAGAUGCUCAGAUUUGGACGAUGAAGGGAAUACUCCUUUUGAACCUGUUCUAAAGUCUCUGAAAAGCAAAGCUGAUGGCUCGGUUACCGCUGGUUUUCCUUACGACUCGAAAUUUGUCAGAGCUUUACUCAAGGAUGUGCACGUGAUGUUUGUAGGCGACUCUCUUAUGCGUGGAAUUUACAAGGAUCUCAUCGUUAUGUUGCAUGGAAAUGACUUGAUUGACGACAACCAAUUGAAGAUGAAGACCGAGAUUUCAUUUUUCGGCGAUAGAAUGAUCGACAUACUUCCUCUUGAAAACGACAGGAUUUUCCGGCAGGCGAGGGAGUACCACACAAACCACUAUCUCAUCCAGUACUUGUUCACAACUAGAGUAAUGAAAUCAGACAUAGAAACUGCUCUUUUGGAAUUGUGUACCGCCAGCGAGUUUCCGGAUGUCUUGUUGAUUAACUCGUGUUUGUGGGAUAUGACGAGAUAUUCACGCGCAUAUGAAGGAAGCAUCCCUCCUGAUGUCAAUAGACAGGCUGCAAUUGAGCGAUCUUCUCUUGAAGAGUUCUUGGAAAGAAUUUCGAUGUUGAUUCGCCGACUUCGCCUUACAAUGCCUGCAACAACGCAGGUGAUAUGGAUAAACAUGCCCUGGCCGUUGCCGGUGGAUACUCGUUCAAUUGUGAACAGGGCUGAUAAUGCUGAUACGAGACACUUGAACAGAAUGCUUAUCGUGGACGCAAAUUUUCGGGCUUCACAACUUUUUCGUGCGGCUGGCUACGACGUUCUUGACGUUGGAUUUUACUUGCGCAAUCAUGCGCUCUAUGCAUAUCGAGUAAAGGAUGGCGUACACUGGGAUUCUAUAGGAACACGUAUCAUGUCUCAACUUGUCGUCGGACAUCUUGCCCGAUCGUGGAAUAUUCCGCUUCCACAACAAAUAAAAGACAGGUUGACUACUUUCGCGGAUGAUGCGCGCACGUUCGACCUUUCUAAGAGUUGGGCUGCCCGCUCGUUGGUUGCGUUCGAUAUUUCUACAGCUUCGGAAGGAACACAUGAAAAUGCGUCGUUUCCCGAAAUUCUACAGCGAAGAAUCAGAGCGGCAGUCUUACGAGAAAUCAAAGAAAGGGAUCCGAAACGCUACGAAGCACUACGAAGUGAUAUACGAACAAUGCGUUUGUGUAAGCUGCUUGAUGAAAAUCCUGGGGUGGAGGAACGACUAACGCUAGAAGGGUCAUGGAGAUUGGAUGAAAUGAUGAAGUCGUUUCCGGAAAUUGCUAACUGCAUCGGAAAGAUAGCACCUCAAAUGAUCACCGUUCUGGUUAGUGAAGACGCUGUGGCUAAUCUGACGAAUCGGAAACGGAAACAUUCCCCAGAUCGUACUUGA